GCGAGGGAAGGAAGAUGGCGGAGAGCGGCAAGACCAAGAGCGGCCCGGCGCCUCCUCCCUCCAGCGCCGGCGCGGGGGCCGCGGCCAAGGCCAUGACGGCCGAGCAGGUGGUGGCUGGAUUCAACCGCCUGCGUCAGGAGCAGCGAGGUCUGGCCUCAAAGGCAGCUGAGCUGGAGAUGGACCUGAAUGAACACAAGCUAGUUAUUGAAACACUUCGAGAAGUGGACCCUACCAGGAAGUGUUACCGGAUGGUUGGAGGUGUGUUGGUGGAGCGCACCGUGAAGGAGGUUCUCCCAGCCCUGGAAAAUAAUAAAGAUCAGAUCAACAAGAUCAUAGAGACGCUGAGUCAGCAGCUGCAAACGAAAGGCCGGGAGCUGAACGAGUUCCGGGAAAAACACAACAUCCGCCUGAUGGGCGAAGAUGACCAGAAGCCUCCCUCCAAGGAGAGCACAGAGGGUGCCAAAACCACGUCCGCGGGGGUCCUGGUCUCCUAGUGGGAAGAGAGGCUUCCUCAUCAAGGACUUACUUGCCCCUCACUCUACAGUUGCAGCUCUUGACCUCAAAGGCUUAACGUUAUUAUUAUUAUUUUGGUGUCAUCUGUUAUAAUAUUUUUGUUAAAUAAACGUUUUGUGUGUCACAA